UCGAGGUCGUCAACACCAUUUCAAGGCUUUAAAAACUCGUACAAAUGUCUUCAUCUUCAGGCCUUCAGCUUCAUGGACUCUGAGGUGGAUGUCUUCAGGAACUAUCUGGUGCUGAGGCCAGACAAGGCCGGAGUUUCUGAUCUUUUCCGUCUUCUGUUCUCGGCCAAAGUGUGUGAUAACCCGUCGGUGGAUUGCCCCAUCGGCACCGAGAUCGAUGAGGCGAAGCGCCGGUGGGCCAUCUUCAUCUCCCUUUUGUUACAGAAGAUCCUUCUCUGCUCCAGCACUCCGAUGGCUCGGUUGGGCUCUGCAAUCUUGUUCUGGCUAAAUCUUGUCGCGGACAACAAUGGCUUCCUCUCCCUCUUGUGGAAUCUCUUCACAGGGAAACUGGUUUUUCCAGAAAAGAAUUCUUCUUCGUAUAGGUCGGCUGUUGGACUUAUUGACACGAGAGUAGAAUUGGACAAGAAGAUUAAACCAAGUGAUGACAAGUAUCAUGCAGCACUGUCUAUAAUGGCCGCAAAACUAGCUUAUGAAAAUGAACUCUGCAUCAAAAGCAUAGUCAAAAACAAUUGGAAAAUGGAAUUCUUGGAGUUCUACAAUUGUUGGAAUGACUACGAGAAGCAGUACAGUACGCAGGCGUUCAUGUUGAGUGACAAAACCACCGCCGGCACCGAGCUGAUUGUUGUUUCCUUUCGCGGGACGGAUCCGUUCGACACAGUUCAGUGGAUCACGGACGUGGACUUCUCGUGGUACGAGAUACCGGACGUCGGCAAGGUCCACAGAGGCUUCAUGAAGGCCUUGGGGCUGCAACCGAAGCUUGGGUGGCCCAAGGAUCCGAAUCAAAGCGAUAAAACGCGAACGCACGCAUACUAUGCCAUAAGAGACAGACUCAAGCAAGUGUUGAGCCAGAACGACAAGGCAAAGUUCUUGGUCACAGGGCACAGCUUGGGGGGAGCACUUGCCGUACUGUUCGCUGCCAUCUUGGCGCUGCACCAGGAAGAGUGGCUGCUGGGGAGGCUUGAAGGAGUGCACACGUUCGGGCAGCCGAGGGUGGGAGACAAGGAGUUCGGGGAGUUUGUGGGGCGGCACUUGGACGAGCCUGAGAGGAGGUACUUCAGGUAUGUUUACAGCAACGACAUCGUGCCCAGAGUGCCCUACGAUGACUCUGCUCUCAUGUUCAAGCACUUUGGGACAUGCGUGUACUUCAGUAGUCUCUACAGAAGAAAGGUGGUGGAAGAAGAACCAAACAAGAACUAUUUCUCGUUUCAGCAAGUCGUCCCCAAGUACUUGAACGCAGGGUGGGAGCUUGUGAGAAGCUUCUUAAUUGGAUAUAUUGAAGGGCCAGAAUACAAGGAAGGAUGGUUCUUAAGGUCUCUAAGGAUGUUGGCACUGGUAUUUCCUGGGCUACCGCCACACGCUCCUCAAGACUAUGAUAACUGCACAAGAUUGGGGAUGAACACACCUCUUUAAGUUGAAUAGAAUGUAUUCAAGUAUCAGAUAUCUUUGUUGAAUAGAAUGGAUCCUCAUAUCUUUUAGUAAAUAAAAAAUCCUCUUUGUUUCAAGCAAUACAAAGUCUUUGUCGUAUUAUAUAGUGGAGUAAAC